AUGGGUUCGGGGGCCGAUAAGGUCGUUGAUCUCCUAGGGAAGAUGAAGCUUUUAGAGACGGAGAAAAAGAGCAUCAAUUUGGGUGGUGUUCAGGCGGGGAUCAAGAUGCGAGACAAUCCACAGGCAGUUGGUAAGGUUUUGGUAGAGAAACUGAGAUCGAGAAAGAGACGUGCUCUAGAGGAUGGUCCCUGGAUGUUCGGUAAAGACUUGGUGAUCAUGGCGGAUUUUGAUGGUGAGAAGACAAUUGAUGAGAUCGAGUUCUCGUCAAUUCCAAUUUGGGUGAGGAUUACGAAGAUGCCGCUGGGUUUCAUGAACAAACCGGUGGGGGAGGCUAUUGGAGCGAUGAUCGAUGAUGUUCUGGAGGUAGAUGGGGAUGCGGAUGACGCGGCCAUUGGCCAGUUCUUGCGUGUGAAGAUCAGAUUGGACAUCCGCAAGCCUCUAAUGAGAGGAGUCAUUCUUGAUUUGGGAGAUGGAGUUAAGGAGAAGACAAAGUGGUGUCCUCUAGUUUAUGUGUAUCUUCUAGACUUCUGCUAUACGUGUGGUUUAAUUGGUCAUACUGAUUGUACAUGCGAAGUCCAAUUGGAGAAAGGUGCGGUGCAGCAAUUUGGCAAGCAUCUACGUUUUACCCUAGAGAAGAAGGUGAUGGAGGACUAUGGUGGUAGGGUGAAUAAUUCAAAACAUGGCCUCCCAUGGCGACCAAGCUUUAUGGGUAAGGGUAGUGGAGGUUCAGGUAGUUGGGGCAGUGCAAGUGGAAAAGGAAGUGACGGUCUUAGCUGGAGGAAGGAUGAUGGUGGGGGCGAGGAGGGAGCUCUAUAA